CAAAUUUAUUGUAGUUUAUGCUUUUGCUUAAUCUUGAGGAUUCUAAUUGGAGUCGGCAGCUGUUGGAGUUUGGUUCUUACGAGUAGUAGUGAAAAGACCACUGGUAAUGCAUAGGUGAUGAUAGUUUUACUGUUUUAGUAGUGGAGAGCCCCCGUAAGGUAUAGUUCCUUGUGAUCGGAAUUGUAUAAGGUGUUAUUUGUUUUAAUGGGAAAGAAAGGGUCUCCACGAAGCCCACGUCCUCCAUCUAUGCAUGUAAAGCCAUCUUUUGGGAUGAAAAACCACCAGGAUAAGUGCUUGGAAAAUCUACUGGGCAGUGAUCCUUCUUUUGGGAGGAGAGCAUCAGGGGGAGACCACUCAUGGAACAAGGAUAUGCUGCUUAAUGGGUUGAAGGAUGAUGAUAAAAGAAUUGGUGGUUCUGUGGUCACAUUUAGUGGAAAAAGGCAGAUGUGGCUUGGUAAGCAUUCGAGGCUGAUGGUGUUUGCCUUUGGGUUGAUGGGUUCCCUUUUCUUGCUCGAUUCCCUUAUGUUCUCCAUUAUUCAUUCCAUAAAUCUCAAGAACAGUUCUCACCAGAGAGAACCAAAUGGGUUGAAGGAUGUGCAGAUGGAUUAUGUCCAUGAAAAAAAGGGACCAACAAUUAUGUAUGAUCGGCUUCUAAAUCUGGCUUCUAGUGCUCUUGCAGAGAAAGAAUUCAGAGGUGACUCAGUAAAACUCUGGGAGGAGCCACAUAAACAGGCAUCUCAAUGGAAACCUUGUGCUGAUAAAACUGGUCCAUUAUACCAAGGAAAGCUCACAAAAAGCAGUGGCUUUAUAUUGGUUAGUGCAAAUGGCGGUCUCAAUCAACAACGAGUUGCUAUUUGCAAUGCGGUUGCUGUAGCAUCAUUACUUAAUGCAACUUUAGUUCUUCCCAAGUUUCUUUACAGCAAUGUGUGGAAUGAUCCAAGUCAGUUUGGAGAUAUCUAUCAAGAGGAAUAUUUCAUGGAUCUUUUGAAGGAUGAAGUGAAUAUUGUAAAGGAAUUACCUCCUCAUCUUCAAUCAUUGGACUUUGAGGCAAUUGGCAGUCUAAUUACAGAUGCUGAUAUUGUAAAGGAGGCAAAACCCAUUGAUUUUGUUAAGAUUGUAUAUCCUCUACUGCUGCGAAAUGGAGUUGUUCACUUCCUUGGAUUUGGCAAUCGACUUGGAUUUGAUCCAUUGCCUUUUCACCUUCAAAGAUUAAGAUGCAAAUGCAACUUCCAUGCUUUAAAGUUUGUGCCCAAAAUUCAGGAAAUUGGUUCAUUAUUGGUUAAAAGGAUAAGGAAACAUGAUGGUGCACGGAGUCUUUUAGAUAAGCAGCUGCUUGGAAACUAUAUUUCUGAUCUUCCUCCUGAAGGACAUUAUGCUUCAACAGGGUCAUCCAAAUAUCUUGCCUUGCACAUGAGAUUUGAAAUGGAUAUGGUGGCCUAUUCGGUAUGUGAUUUUGGAGGAGGAGAAACUGAAAAGAAGGAACUCCAGGCCUAUAGGGAGAGUCACUUUCCUUUGUUGGUUGAGCGUUUGAAAAACUCUAGCAGAUCUGUUUCUCCAGAAGAGUUAAGGAAGUUGGGUAAAUGUCCAUUGACACCGGAAGAAGCAGCACUUAUGCUCUCUGCCCUUGGUUUCAAACGUAGCACAUACAUCUAUCUUGCUGGGUCUAAUAUAUAUGGGGGUCAAUCCAGGAUGCAUCCCUUCACUAGCCUUUACCCCAAUUUAGUUACAAAGGAAGAUUUCCUCACACCAAGUGAACUUGCACCAUUAAGGAAUUUCUCUUCUCAGCUGGCAGCACUGGACUUAAUCGCCUGUGCAACUGCCGAUGUGUUUGCAAUGACAGAUUCAGGAAGUCAGUUUUCAUCCCUGGUAUCUGGUUACCGGGUUUACUAUGGUGGUGGCCACGCUCCAACAGUGAGGCCCAACAAGAAGCGUAUAGCAGCAAUUUUGUCUGAAAAUGGCACAAUAGAAUGGGCUGCAUUUCAAGAUAGGGUGAGAAAGAUGAUUGAUGAAGGUCAAAGGGUACGCAUAAGGGGUUUUGGUAGAAGUAUUUAUCGACAGCCAAGGUGCCCAGAAUGCAUGUGCAAGGGUCAUUAAUAACAAGCCUCAAUCCUCACCAAACAUUUUCCUUUAUUUGUGUCAUCAGAUCUCUCUUUUUUUUUUUAUAAAAUUUAUUUUUUUUGGGCCGUGAAUCAAUAAGAAGCCCUCAGCCAGGCAUAUGGGUAUGGGUAUGCUAGGUAGUUCACAGUCUGACAGGAGUUUUGGUUGUUGCCUGACAGGAGAUGGAUGACUCCAGAUGGAAACAAACAUUUUUGUGGCUACUGAUGCCAUAGUCUUGGUACUGCAUAUGUUAGUACUGGGUCUAUUUCAUCAGUGCCAUCUAUUCUUUUGCUGUGUAAAGUUUUUUGUUCUAGCUUUUUAGUUGAUUCAUUAGCGCCAA